UGAUAUUUACUUCAUUUCUAGUUCCUCUGACGCUUCUCUCCUUAUUUACACUUCCCUGUGUCUAAAUUCCCAGCUCGCCUCCUCUCCUGCAUUUUCCCAGCCCAAUCUGUCAGUUUUCCUUCCUCUCAGCGUCUCUGGUCCUAAAGGAGGAGGCACCAUCCAGGGGUGGAUGAGAGAUACACGAGGGGGAUGCACACACCAGGAACAGGCUGAGAGAGACGGGCACAUGAGAAGGAGAAGUGCAGAAAGAGCGAGAAGAGACAGAAAAGGCAGUUAGAAGAGAAUGUAAGAGAGAAUGCCAUAGAUGGGUAACUAAUGAGAAGAAUAAGGACUUUAAGGCACAGACAUGACUACAUUUCAGGACAUCCUUGAACAGAAGCAAGAAAUCCCACAUUAUGGAUUGUGGAUGAUUCCCAGACUUAUGACAUUAAUCAUAUGCAAGGGAAGAGAGAGAAUUAGAGUGUUGAAGCAUUACUGAGGUUACCCUGCUCUUCCAUGUUCCCCUAUCACCGAUAUAACUCAUCCCUUCCCUCUGUCCUCUCAACCUUGCCUCCCACUUCUCCUUCACCACCAUACCCUUCCCCCCGUCCUCCUUCCUCUGUCCCUCUCCUUCCCUCACUUUCUAUGGCAUUUGGGAUCACCUCCAAUGCACUAGGUUUGUGGAUUUUGGCUCGAGCCUACUCCUUAUCCCGCCGCCAGCGUCGAUCCAGGGCACAGUUUCUUCUCUUGGCCUCAGGACUCCUCUUGACUGAUUUUGCUGGACACCUCAUCGCUGGCUCCUUUGUAUUGUGGCUGUAUUCUCAUGGAGGACUUCCAGUAGCCGGCUGCCAGUUUCUUGGAGGUUGCAUGGUCUUUUUUGGUCUUUCUCCUCUACUAAUUGGACUCCUCAUGGCAUGUGAACGGUGUCUAGGCCUAACUAGACCACUUUGGCAUUCACAGAUGGUCACACAAAAUCGAGCUCGCUUGAGUCUUGCCAUUGCUUGGGCUGUGGCCCUUCUUGUGUCCGUUCUCCCAUUUCUGGGCUAUGGUGCAUAUGACCUUCAGCCUUCAGGGACUUGGUGUUUUCUCAAGGGACCCCCAGGGUUCUGCUUACUGUUCUCUGGUUUGGGACUAGGAUGCCUGGGAGCCGCACUUGUGUGCAAUGUACUAGUUGGAGCAACUUUGGUAAGGGCCCGGCUCCAAAGACCCCCAAAGGAGGAGAGAAGAAGAAGACAGAGUCGUUCACAUACUCAUGACCUAGAGAUGGUGGUGCAACUGCUGGCAAUUACAUUCGUAUCAUGUGUGUCCUGGACCCCCUUGUUGGUCUCCGUUGUGAUGUUGCACACUGGUAUACCCCUACCUCGUCCUGACUGGUUGCUCUUCACAGUGCGGUUGGCUUCACUGAACCAGAUCUUAGAUCCAUGGGUGUACAUCCUACUGAGGCGGUCAGUGCUCUUCCGCCUAUACAGCAUCUUUGUGCGGGCUACCCGUGUGCGAAAUGGAAAGCUGAGUCGUUGGGAUGCUGGAGAGUUCCAGAGCUCUGAGCGGAGUGAGGGGACCCAGGUGUUAAAAAUCCUAAGAGUGCUGCAAAAUGAGGGCCUGUUCGUUAAAUCAAACCUUUCGAGAAGUACCCAACUCACUAAGAACACCACUGAAGCUGAGAGUCUUCCUCAAAAAGUGUGACUCUUACAACACCCUUGGUCAGUAACACCAUGUAUGAAACCCCUACCAACAAACUGGUAGAAGAAGACGACUACAGUGGAUAAGCCAUGGCUGCAGUUAAAGCUCUGACCCAAUGACUUCUACUCAAGAUGGACUCGGCACUUUAGAAACCUCAGAUGUUUUUACAGUAAACAUCACAUGGGCAGAGGCUUAAUUAUACUAUAUAAGUCCUCACAAAAUGUUAUAUCUAUGUAACAGUUUAAUAUACUAGUACCUCAGAAUUUGUUUUACCAAGUUGUCUCUUUAAUGUUGUACAUAUAUUUCUUGAUAUAUAUAUAUAUAUUUUAUAUAUUAGUUCUGGAAGGGGGAACUGAUAUCUGGAAGCACAAGCCUACAUAUAUACCGCUAUGGUGUCUUGGGUCCAAUGCCAUAUAUAACGCCCAAGAACACAUGGGGAAAACACUGUCUAUAGUCCAUAAUUCAUCUAUAAUAACCCCAGAAUACAUUGUAGGAUAAAUGUUGUGCCAGUUUUACCCCCCCCCCCAGGUUCCAUGUAUAUUAUGUUGAUAUAGAGGUAAGUGGCAGUAAUGUGAGAUACCCACUAUCAGGAGUUGCAGUAGUGAAACAUGGCAGCAUGGGGGGCAUUAUUCUUAUAAAAUAAGAAGUAGUAAGCUCAUAAUACGCUCAUAACAUGUCUCAGAAACUACUAAACAUUCAGAAUUAAAAAUACCCACAAAUUUGCAUAUCAUUUCUCUAAGGGCAGAGAUACACGUGGAGAUCUGGGGAGGUUUCGUUUCCCGGCAACAAAUCCCCUCUUCUUCUCCCCAAAGUGCCUUCCUCCUGGCUAGAAUCUAAAACGCUGGCGGGAUGGCACUUGGAGCGAUUCUUUUUCCGAAGUCGAACAAAUUGGUCUCACAACAAAGGAGGAAGGCACUUCGGGGAGAAGAAGAGGCGAUCUG